AACGCCCUCCGUCAGCGCUGGGACCUUUCAAUCCACAGAACCCGCAGCCGGCCUCCUCACAGCCUCUGCUCCACUGCGUCCCCCAGAGUUGCCUUGGAGGCCUCAACUAUCCGAGAGACGCCGUUGCUCCACGAGGCGUAUCUGUGUUUCUCGACUGCGCAGCUCGGCAGCGGGUCUUCCGCCGGGUCAGAGUUGACCAGGGCGGCCUCCAAGGGGUGCAGAGAACAGGGAAUGAGCGCCGAACCUGCGGCGGCGGGGGCGUGGCUCGCGCGGAGGGCCCGCCCAGCCUUCCCAUUGGCUGAGGCUGCCCGGGGCGGAGUCAGAGCGCACCUUUCCCGGACUCCGCGGCUCCGCCCCAACGCAGGUCCGCCCGGAGGCGCUGCCCAGCCCGGUGAGCAGCCGGGGCCAGCGCCCGGGAAGCCCCGACCCGGGUCAUGGGGGGACAGAUGAGGUUGCCGCCCGGGCAGCCCUGUCGGGAAGGCUCCGUGCUGUCUUUGGUCUGUGCAAACUCCUCCCAGGCAUGGUGUGAGAUCACCAACGUGUCGCAGCUGCCGGCUCCUCCUGUGCUCUCCACGGACCCGAAUUCCAGCACAACCAACUUGAGCAUUUCAGCCAACGUGGAGAACAAAUACAGCCUUUACGUGGGCUUGGCACUGGCAGUCAGUUCCAGUGUUUUUAUUGGCUCCAGCUUCAUAUUGAAAAAGAAGGGCCUCUUGCGACUGACCAAAAAGGGCUUCACUAGAGCUGGACAUGGUGGACAUUCUUAUCUGAAGGAAUGGCUCUGGUGGGCAGGAUUAUUGUCAAUGGCAGCAGGAGAGGCUGUGAAUUUUGCUGCUUACGCCUUCGCACCUGCCACCUUGGUCACUCCCUUGGGUGCUCUAAGUGUUCUCAUAAGUGCAAUAUUGUCUUCUUAUUUUUUAAAUGAGCACUUGAACAUUCAUGGGAAAAUUGGCUGUAUAUUAAGUAUACUGGGGUCAACUGUGAUGGUUCUCCAUGCCCCACAAGAAGAGGAAGUCAUUUCUUUGUAUGAAAUGGAAAUGAAAUUAAGAGACCCAGGAUUUAUUUCCUUCGCUGUGAUCAUAAUUGUGAUCUCAUUGGUGCUGAUUUUGAUUGUGGCUCCCAGGAAAGGACAGACCAAUAUAUUGGUCUACAUUUCAAUCUGUUCUUUGAUUGGAGCAUUUUCAGUUUCUUCCGUCAAAGGUCUAGGAAUUGCCAUUAAGGAACUGUUGGAAUGGAAGCCAGUUUACGAGAAUCCCCUGGUUUUUGUUUUGCUGGCUGUCCUUGUGCUGUCAGUGGCUACACAGAUUAACUAUCUCAACAAGGCACUGGACACCUUCAAUACAUCUCUGGUGACUCCCAUCUACUACGUGUUCUUCACAUCCAUGGUGGUGACCUGCUCUGCCAUCUUGUUCCAGGAGUGGUACGGCAUGAAGGCUGGAGAUGUCAUUGGGACCCUGAGUGGGUUCUUCACCAUUAUCAAUGGCAUCUUCCUUCUACAUGCUUUCAAGAAUACUGACAUUACCUGGAGCGAGCUGACGUCCACGGCUAAGAAAGAAGUCCUCUCUCUGAAUGGCAAUGAAAACAGUUAUGCUUUACUGGAGAACAUGGAGCAUUUGACCCCAGGGUGCAAUGAUGAUAUUACCUUGUUUAGCAGAACUGGUGAUCAAAGUCUCUAGAAACCCUAAAAUUUAACCAAUAUGAGACAUCCAGAGAGGAGAAGGAAUACUCGCUUUUUGGAAGAACCACUAGGGAAGUUAGCUUUUUUUUUUAUUUUUUUAUUCUGUCACUACAGGCUACAGUGCCUUGGCAUCAAAGCUCACAGCAACCUCAAACUCUUGGGCUCAAGCAAUCCUCCUGCUUCAGCCUCCCAAGUAGCUGGGACCACAGGUGCCCACCACGGCACCAGCUACAAAGUUAGCAUUUUUAAAGUUCUAGCUAAUAAUGUAGAUGUGAGGCCAAGUAAAAAUGCCUUCACUUGGGCCAUCAAAUUUGAAAAUUGAGUUUUGAUCCUCUUCCAGAAGACAUCUGCUUCUUUUCAUUCCUGCAAACUUGAAAUAUUCCCUAAGCAUAAAAAAAAAAAUGGACAAGGAGUUAUAUGUAUUUCAGAAUAAUCUUUUGUCUGGCCACAAUCUACUUGACUCUGCCACAUGGCUCUUGCUAGACUGGUGAUAAUUCACAGAUAUAAAGUUGACUGUGCUCUGAUAAGCAGAGUGUCAGUCACCGUUCUCUGAAUCAUAAUUUCAAAUUAUUAAAACUGAAAAGUAAGGUCACUGGUGCUUUGUCCUCCCUUCCACAGAUUCCUUCUUUUUAAACCAGAUAGCCGCUGGGUGAGUGUUAAAGAGAAAAGCAGGCCUGCUGUGGAAAUCUGUUCCUUACUGAGAGGGAACUUACAAGACACACCUUCCCAUGAAGAACUGAUGAAUUGUAAUUUAUUGAUAAACCAUAGAAGUUAAUUACCAAUUACCUCAGGUAAAGGAAUAUAGCUUUUUUUUUCUUCUUAUAAACACACAAAUGAUUGUGUUCACAGCUGCCUUUGACUUAGACCUGGGGGACAUAAGACAAAAUGGACUUUCUGGACAAGUCCAAGUGAAUUCAGCUUUGGAGUUAACUGAAUUCAUAUUCCUUUUAUUUACUGUUAUCCCAAGUUUUUUGUUGUUAUUGCUGAUGUAGAGAUUUUUAUAAAAUAAUUGCUACAUUAUUUCAGGAUUAUAUUGUAUACUUCAAUUUUUCUCAAAUGUUUUUAAAUAUUCAAAUGUUUUAAUGGGCUUAAAUAUUUUAAUCCCAUUAAAGUGUAAGUUUUUCACAGACUAGAAUCAGAAAAAUCUUUGCAAAAAACUGAACAAAUUCUCUUAAUAGUUCUCUUAAAAUGUGGUUCUUUUACCUUUAUUAAAAGGUUCUUUCACUCACCUUUAAAACUAGGUAUAGAUGUAUCCUACCACAAUAAGUGGUAGAUUAUCUUUUUCUGUUAAAUUUCAUCGUUUUUUCUAUAUAGCUUUAUUGAUAAGUUUUUUUUAGAAUAGAAUAGUUAAAUUCCUAGAAAACAAAAUACAAAUGAACCUCUUUAAGCUGACUACCCAAAGAACUGUAACAAACUGGUCAACAUAUGGAGGUGGUCAACACACAGGAGUAGGCCUACUGUACUGAUAUGUAUAGGUGGUCUUGUCUGGUCUGUGAAAAUUAGGUCAACUUAAGGAGGUGGUCAGUAUAGAGAGGUAGUCAACUAUGAGGGUUCUACUGUAUUAAGACCAUGGGCUACUACAGGAAAAUACCUCUAGCACAUUAAAACUUUCAAUCUCAUUUCAAAUGCAUAGCAGGAAUAACAUUUUUGGUGGGUUUUAAUGUUUGUGGAAAUAUUUCCUAUCAUUUCUUGAUUUUAUAGAAAAGAAACUGGCUGGGUAGUGCCUGUGGCUCAGUGAGUAGGGCGCCAGCCCCAUAUACCGAGGGUGGCAGGUUCAAACCCGACCCUGGCCAAAUUGCAACCAAAAAAUAGCCAGGCAUGGUGGCAGGCGCCUGUAGUCCCAGCUACUGAGGAGUCUGAGGCAAGAGAAUCUCCAAAGCCCAGGAGCUGGAGGUUGCUGUGAGCUGUGUGACUACACGGCACUGUACCAAGGGUGAUAAAGUGAGACUCUGUCUCUACAAAAAAAAAAAAGAAACGAAACUGGCUAUCUUACUUGUAGACUCAAUUUAUAUUUCUCAAAAACAAAAAUCCUAACCAAAAAAUUGUCAUUAGAAAAAAAAAACACAAAACUUUCAGUUUGACUUGAAUUUUUCUGCUGUAACAUCAAAUGUUUUAGUUUUGUUUUUGGUUUCUAAGAUAGCUCAAGACUAUCCAGGAUAAUAACAGUAAACUCUUUAUUGAGAAUUCUAUUAAACUGACUUCAGCAUUUCCCCAGAUGCACUGAACUAUGACUGAUGGUUAUGGUUACAACCUGCAAUGGUUACAAGGCCCUGCAGUGCCUUCCUGGUCUCUUGGGCGUAGUUUACUGUGGGUUUGUUUUUAAGACAAGGUUUCACACUGUCACUCAUGUCAGGUGAUGUGAUCGCAGUUCCCUGCAGCCUUAAAGUUUUAGCCUCCAAAAGUCCUACUGCCUCAGCCUUCCAAGGUAGCUAAAACUACAGGCACACACAACCAUGCCCACCUGAUUUUUAAAAAAAAUAUUUUAGAGAUAGGUUCUUGCUAUGUUGCCCAGGCUGAGAAGCUCUUGGCCUCCCAAACUGCUGGGAUUGAAGGAUGCACUUCUGGGCCCAGCCUCGCACAGUUUAGUGCUCAGGGCAAUUCAGUGCAGUCUAAAUUUCUGAAAACUGAUAAUCCAUGGAAAGUCCAUGGGUUGGUACCUCAGAUUUAAUACAUGUUUACUCUGUUGAUUACUGUUUCCCUUGACUAGUAUUUCAGAUACAUAAGCUAUGAGCACAAGUUUGUAGGAAAAGUAUCUUCUGAAAAGGUGACAUUUAAAAAUUGCAAAAAUUCUUCUAAUGUUUUUCUUUUUAGUGUUGCAAGCUUUAUUAGUUUCUAGAGAACACCUUUUUGGUGAGGAAAUGAAUGGCAUUUUUCUUGACAUCCGCUUGAGGCUGUGCUGGUUCUCUGCUCUAGUGAAGUUACAUUUCAGACAUUUCUUAGGUUCCACCUGUUACAAAGUUUUGCCCUUGGUAGGUUGUCCUCAGGACAAAGGUUGCUGGAACACUAGGACCAAUGCAAGCCAUGGGUUGGAAAGUGAACUGCUGUUGAUGUAUAUUCCCUGAAGGAAGUCUGAGAAAGAUUUAAUAAGUUGAAAUAUGUUUAAACAAUAAAAGAUUUGAAAAAUCCUAUAUUAAAAAUCACUGGUGGGUACAUGCAUUAAGCAAACAAAAUGUCAUUGCAAGUCUAACACUAAAAAUUAUUUUUCCCAUGUGGGAAGAUACGGUCUAAGGAAGAAUAAAAUGCUGGGUCCCCAUAUUCAGAGUAGCUGUGUUAGUCUUAAGCAGUAGUUUGUAUACAUAAUACUUUGUCAUUGUGUAGAUAUGUGUAUCUUAAGAUUUAUUAUGUGAGUAUUAUGUGUCAUUAAGGAUUACCAAGGAUUACAAACUUAUACUUCCAAAGACAAAUGGAAAGCUUUUCCUACUUCUGUAAAGAUAACAAUUUUAUUUUUUGACUUAAAUUUUUAUUAGGUCAAUGCUUAGUAAUUGUGUUUGUUCAGAUUACAGAAUGUUCAUGCAACUGUUUAGACGUAGCAGCAUGAAAUAAGUGGCUGUUUUUAAAAGUAUUAAAUUAAAUACAUGGAAAUCACUUUGUAUGAUGGCUGAUGUAAAAUAGGCAUCUAAUAAAAUUUAGCACUCUUUGAAUCAACACUUCCAUUCUUACUGUUUUAAUACUAGAGAAAUAGGAAUCUUUGAGUGCCAGUUUUCAUACAUUUUUUGCUUUUCUGAAGCUCCUUUUAAAUAAUCCAAAUGAAAGUGAAUUGUAUCAUUGUACUAUCUGAACACCAAGGCAAGAUUAUUCCAACAAAAAUUUUUCUUAAAACUUUUAAUAGAAAAAAACCUAACUGCUAAUUUUUACUUUUUAACAAAGCUUCGUGGAGAAAUCACUUAUGAAUAUAUGUGAAAUAUUCUCAAAUAUUUUGAAUAAACUAUUCAUAAAAUUUUAUAUUUUUCAAAUGUUUAUCAAUACUGUUCAUUUUAGAAAAUGUACAAAUGUUUCUGUAUAUUUUUCAUUUGCAAUAAAAUGGUUUAA